CGACAACAUUCCAUGCUUCCUUCCUCCAGCACCCCUCGCUCGAGAAUGCGGCACUCCCGAUUCCUGCUGCGCCGGUUGAUACUGCCAACCUCAUCCGCCCAAACCCCCUUCCGACCAUGACACCGGCAGCCACCACGACAGCGCCGGCGCCAGCGCCGGCGACAGCGACAGCGACAGCGACAAGCCAGCUCUCGCGAAAGCUCCUUGCCAAGGCACCGCCCUUUGACGCGCCGACCUUCUCCUUCACGCCUUUCCUCCAGCGAACCUACCUGCACAGCCUUCCUGCCGAUCGUCCACUAUGUAAGGCCUACAUCAAUGGCCACUGCCCCCUCGGAACACGCUGCUCCGAGCGCCACGUCUCCGUCCCAAACAGCGGCGGCAAGCAGGAUGGCGGCCACCCUUUCAACUCGCUCGUCUGCAAGCACUGGCUGCGUGGACUCUGCAAAAAGGGCGAGAGCUGCGAGUUCCUGCACGAGUUCAACCUGCGGAAGAUGCCCGAGUGCAACUUCUUCCUGCGCAACGGCUUCUGCUCCAACGGCGACGAGUGUCUGUAUUUGCAUAUCGACCCCCAGAGCAAGCUGCCGCCCUGCCCACAUUACGACCAAGGCUUCUGCCCGCUCGGGCCAAGGUGCGCCAAGAAACAUGUCCGCAAGAAGAUGUGCCCUUACUACCUCGCUGGCUUCUGUCCCGAUGGACCAGACUGCACGCAGGGUGGACAUCCGAAAUGGAAGACGGGCUUGGAAAAGCCAAGUGUCAAGGUCGAGAAGAAGGGUGACGAGGACCCUUUCCCAGCAAAGAGGGAACACGCGGACGAUGAGGACGAGGCUUCCAUCAGAGACUUUGGCGAUAGACACCGCGACCGCGACCGAGACCGAGACCGCGACCGAGACCGCGGUUUCGAGCGUGGAGGUCACCAGGGCAGAUUCAAUAAUCGUGGUGGAAAGUGGAGGGGCCGGGGAAGAGGCCGAGGAAGGCAUUAGGAUCUGAUUCUGCUUGCUGCCAGACCUGUGAAGCUUCAUCCCUCGGUCCAUGUGCAACACCGCGCAGAUAGUAUCCGAAACCCUGCUGUGGCCAAAUCAUAGGCGUCACGCCGAUGCCCUGCAGGUUUAAAAUGAACCAGCACUUAGAAUGUGCAUCACACACCUGUCAUAAGUAAUACACAGCUACUGAUCUGUAGCAUUUCUAGGGACGGGGCCAGUCAAAUUCCAGGAUUUGUAUGAAAUGAGAUUGGCCACGAAAAUGGGAAAUGUGCAGAAGGAAGGGUUAUAGGUACCUGGAUGAAGGUGCUGGAGGAACCAAGUGAAGUAUCUUCCGAAAUCUGUUUUCCCCUUGUCAUCCUGCCCCCUCUGAAUCACAAAUUCCUUGUUACAUUUGGAGGCUCUUUUUUUUUGAUUGCCACCCCCUCCUUAUAUUUGUGGUCUGUUUGGGAAGUCCUAUUUAGGGCAUGAGAGCUGCUUAGCUUGGAGUUUGGACCUUUGAAGCACCCUGAAGCACCCUCAAGCACCCUGCUGAAGCCCUCCAACCCUGCACCAUCUGAGUUUUGCAAGGCUUUCAAGCUACAUCUUAAAAGGCACAUUUCAAGCAGUUUGUUCCAAUAGAGGAAUGUAUUACCUUGUUUAGUUUCUAUAAAUAAAGUUACCUUCUUUUAUAAUUAAAGAUAGUUAGA